AUGGGCAUUACCAUCCUAGCUCCCGCAGUGGAAAAUGCUGGGUACACUGGCCGAGAGAUCGAUGCACAAGACUCAGAGGGCGAUGUUGAUAUGGACAGACUGCCCAUCAAACGACCUCGUCUAGAUCAAGCCUCUGGAUUUGGUACGGGGAUAGUCGUACCUGGUGAGACGGUCACCAAUGACCCGCAAUGGAUGCGAGGCCACGGAACCUUCACAACCCCAUUGUCAACCUCAAUCAUCGCCACAGUCGCAGGCACAGUCUCCAAAACCAACAAGUUACUUUCUGUCCACCCACUACGAGCCCGCUACAUGCCCGAAAUCGGCGACCUCGUCGUCGGCCGCAUCGUCGAGGUCCAAGCACGUCGAUGGAAAGUCGACAUCGCCGCUCCGCUACUUGCACAAUUACCCCUCUCCGCCAUCAAUUUACCCGGCGGCAUCCUUCGUCGACGCACAAGCGCAGAUGAACUACAGAUGAGAAAUUUCUUCGUGGAGGGGGACCUUGUCGUCGCUGAAGUGCAGAGUGUACAUCAAGACGGAUCCGCGACGCUCCAUACUCGGUCUUUGAGUUAUGGUAAAUUGCGGAAUGGUGUGUUUAUGGCCGUGACUGGGACGGGCGGUAGUGGUGCAGCAGCUACUACGUCAAAUCGAUCAAAGACUAGCGGUGCUGGGUCAAACAUCGCUGCCCCGCCAUCAGCAGCAGCGGUUGGAGGUGUCGUCCGAUCGCGACGACAAAAAUGGACCGUCAACGCAGCCAACGGGGGCGGCGAUAUCGAAAUCAUCCUCGGCGUGAAUGGAUACAUCUGGAUCUCGAAAAAGGCAGACACCUCUACAGCUGCAUCAUCUACCACGGAACCAGUCUCAAUCACUCGCAUGGAAGAGCUGGCCACUAGCUCGAUAUAUUCCAGCCAAAACGACGAGAUUCCGCGUCAGACAAGACGCGAAAUCGCGCGGUUGGCGGGAUGUAUUCGUGUACUUGUUGAAAGCAGCGUUCGUAUUGAGCAGGAUACAGUUAUGAGUGCGUAUAAUGCUAGUUUGGAGGUAGAUUUGGAGAUGGACGGUCGUGAUUAUGAUGAUGCUGCUGCUGCUACUGGUGCAGGCCAGGAAGGACAGGAUUAUUUGGGUGGUGAGAAGGCGCAGCGGAUUCUUGAGAUGAUUGCUUAG